AAUCUCUUCUCUCUCUAGAUCUCUCUCUCUCUCUCACACACACACACACACACACAUUGCAUUGAUCAAAACCCUAAAGAAAAUGGAAUCAAGAUUACCAGUGAUGGCCAAGAAAGUGUGGAGUUUGGUGAGGGUUAUGUUCUUCAUGUUGAAGAAGGGAAUUGCCAAAAGAAAAUUCCUUCUUGAUCUCAACAUGAUGAUGAAGCGUGGCAAGAUUGCCGGCAAGGCAUUACACAACCUUAUGUUCCAUCACCACCACAAUUGGGCGGCUUCCACCCUCCACCGCCACUCACAACACCUCUCUUUCACCGCUCCAACACCAGGCGAAUACGAAUUCAGCUGCAGCGACACCCCACGUUACCCACUCUCUCUCUUUUCCACCCACAAGAAACGCCAAAACAAGUCUCACCACCUUGCGACUGAUAACCCUCCGCUGGAGGCGGUGGGCUAUUGUGAUGAUGUAAUCACCAAUUCUGAACUUUUGAAGGCCCUUGAUAUCAUGAUCACGAGCUCCAUGGCGUCGCCACCACUACCGGGAUCGACAUUGAGGAUAAAAGACUCACCGUUGGCGUUAAAUCAUGGUGAAGAAGAUGGUCAGGUGGACGAGGCUGCUGAGAGGUUCAUAAGGAGGUUCUAUAAUGAUCGAAUACGUGAAUGUUGAGUGAGGGACUAAAAUGUCAUUAGUUGAUAGAUGAGGGGGUUACAUGAAACUAUACUUUUGAUCCCUAGCUUCUCUGGUGUUUCAAGCUUGUAGGUUUUGUGAUUUGUGUAACCCUAAUUAAGAAUUUUGGUGUGUUUUUAUUUUAUUUUCAAAGUAUUUCUAAUAAUCGAUUGUCUC